AUGAUCCGAAUUCAUCGACCUGAGAUCAGCGUGCCAUACCUAAAUGUAACUAUCAACCAACAAGACCGUGUCGCUCCUGGUUACCUUUUCCUCGCCCCGUUUGGGAGCAGCCUGUCCGGGCCUCUCAUAUACGACCAAAAUGGAGAGCUCGUCUGGGCCGGCGGUGACGUCUACGCCGCUGAGGAUAAUCGUGGGCCGCAUGUCUACAACUUUUACCCCUGUCAGUACUUGGACACAGAGGCAUCAGAUGAUGACCCUCAUCUAUGUAUGAACCGGGGCAUAAACGACGGCGGUACCAGUCGUGGUGAGGGUCUCAUCCUCGACUCCGACUACCAAGUUGUACGCGGGGUUCGCUUCAACGGGUCAUCUCCGUCGGUUGAUAUCCACGAGUUCACACUGGUCGAAAACGGAACUGCUGCAAUAUUGACACAAUACCGCCCCAUACCUGCCGAUUUGUCAGCUUUUGGCAUCCCGGGCGUUGGAUAUAUCUACGACUGUGUGUUUCAAGAACAAAGACUAUCUGAUGGGGCCAUACUCUUCGAAUGGAGGUCGUCAGAUCACGUGGGCUUGGACGAGUCCAGAGUGGUAUUCUUUGGAGGGACGGGACAGUCGCCGUGGGAUUACUUCCACAUCAACUCCAUUCAGAAAGCAGAUGAUGGCUCCGGCGACUAUCUCGUCUCAGCGAGGCACACAUCUACAGUCUACAAGAUAUCAGGCAAAGAUGGAUCCAUCAAGUGGCGCCUAGGCGGUUCACGAUCAGACUUCACAAUUACAUCUGAUUCUCUCAUCAAUAGUGGAAGCAAAGACCCAGAAAGAUGGUUCCAUUUCCAGCAUGACGCGAGGACCUUGUAUUCCGACGGCCAGAACGAAGUCAUUUCUCUGUUCGAUAAUGGUCGUACCCCAGGACAAGUCCUUGACUCUCUCUUCAGUCGGGGCUUGGUGAUUAAACUUGAUGCAGACCGACGUCUUGCCACAAUCCAAGCUGAGUACUUCACCGAUGGCCAGCCUCAAAACUCCACACUGGCAGGAAGCAUUCGAGGGCUGCCAAACGGGAACACCCUUGUCGGUUGGGGCAAAACUGGAUGCCUCACCGAGUACGACGGAGGGGCCAGGCCUGUUUUUGAAGCCUGCCUGCUUGACGAGGGGCGCCCUGCCCUGUACCGUGUACACAAGUCAGACGAAUGGGUGGGCCAUCCUCUAGGGAGGCCAUCGAUCGUGUCAUACUCGAAGACAGGGACAAAGACGGCCUUGUAUAUGAGUUGGAAUGGUGCCACGGAAAUACAUGUUUGGAGGAUAUUUGGCGCUGAAGCAGGCGGGACUGAUGACCCCAUAUGGGAAGAAAUCUUGGUCGAGCCCCGGUCUGGGUUCGAAACCGUGCUGGGGCCACUGCCACGGUUCCUGGAGUCGGUUUACGCUGAGGCUCUCGAUUCUAACGGCCGUGUGGUUGGCGUUAGUGAGGCUACGAAGACUUUUGUUCCUUCUGAGCUUCAUGAUGACUGCGAUGAUCUCUGGUGCAACGCCAUGGUCUUGGUUGAUGUUGAGGAGAGUGGGUUGAUGGAUAGGCUCGGCAUUGACUUUGAAUCCUUGAGCUAUUAUAAGUGGCUCUAUCCUGCGGUGUUGUUGUACAUAGCAAUAACGUUUUGUCUGGCGGUAUUCACUGUUAGGAAUUGCCUGUGGCGGAGACGGCCCGCCCUCGCGUGUUCAAAAGGGGCAGUUGAGAUUUAA